GAGGCGGGGAAAGGCGGGGACGGUCCGGCCCGCGCCCGCCGCCGUCUCGAUGUCCGCGGCGCCCUUCGCUCCCUGACCCCGUGACCGGCGGGGGCGGAAGCGGCGGCGGGGCCAUGGCCAAGUACCUGGCGCAGAUCAUCCUGGUCGGGGCCCAGGUGGUGGGCCGGGCCUUCGUGCGGGCGCUGCGCCAGGAGUUUGCAGCGAGCCGAGCGGCAGCAGACGCGCGAGGGCGCUCGGAGAGGCCCCAGUCCGCCGCCGCGUCCCGGAUCAUCGGCAUCAGCCUCCAGGAAGCUCAGCAGAUCCUCAACGUCUCAAACCUCAACCCAGAGGAGAUCCAGAAGAACUACGACCACUUGUUCAAGGUGAACGACAAGUCAGUGGGAGGCUCCUUCUACCUGCAGUCCAAGGUGGUGAGAGCCAAGGAGCGGCUGGACGAGGAGCUCCGCAUCCAGGCCAAGGACGAGAAGGAGAAGGAGUGGAAAGCCGAGACGUGACUCCUGCUGCUCCCCACGCCCCAUGUCCCUCACCCUUAAUUUAUAGGCGUGCCGGGAGCUCUGUGCCAUCACCCGCGGGCAGCCGGCAUGGCUGCAGGGUCGGGGCGACGGGCCGUGGCCAUCCCCACCCGUGGCUUGUGCCAGAGCUUCGCCGGGAGCACGGGGACCUGCCGGGGCAUCAGGCAGAGCCAGCCGUGCCCCCACCAUCGCACCCACCACCUCCGUGGGCUCGUCGCCACGGUCACGGACUGAGACAGGAACUUACUUCAACUUCACUUUAUUGUUUUCUUAAUAAACUUCCUCUCCCCUGGAGGAAUAUAGUGU